UAAUUUAUAGUCAAAAUUAUAAAUUUUUAGAAAGCUAAACAUUAGUAUUAAUGUGUUCUAUAAGCAAUUUGUUAUACUACAUAAUUAAUAAUUUUAUAUAAAGAUAAACAGCAUUUCAUAUGUUGACUAAACUGAAGUAAAUGAAUUGUAAUUAUGUAUUAAUAUUACUUUGAGUUUUUCAUAUGGCUGUUGUUUAAAUGUAACUACAAUGGAAGACUUAAAAUCUAUAGCUGAAAAAGAUAUAGAAACAAUAUUAAAAUCAAGUGAAAUGGAUUCAAGUGUAGAUAUUGACAAAAUUUUAGCAGACAAAGCUAAAAAAAAUCGAUUAACAAAAAAGAAUGUUAAAAAUCUUAUUAAAAAUGUUUUAACGAAUGAUGAUGUUGCUACAAUGUUACGACAAACAUUAGAUGAUGAGGGAAAUGAUGCAAAUUGUUUGUAUGAACCUAAGUUAACUAGAGCAAAAAUAAGAGAAAUGUUAAAAUCAUACCCUCCAUCUGUUCAUCAAUGGUCUCCAUUUCAACAACAAUCAAUUAUAUCAGAAUGUAGACUUUUAAUUGAACAAGAAUUUCCUGAUGAUUCUGAAGAUGAAGAGUACAAACCUGAUAAAAUUUUAGAAGAAGAUGAUGAUGAAGAAGAUGACGAUGAAUCUAAAUGUACAGAAGUAAAUAAAUCAUUUGAUGUAGAAAGUGACAUUGGAAAUGAUAGCUAUGAAAAUUCUUUGAUUAGUAACAAAGAAACAAUUGGUAUGCGUACUAGGUCAAAAUUUUCAUUAAGUGAUACUCCACUAGAAAUUAUUGAACAAGCAUUUAUUCCACCUGACAUAACAGAAGAUAUGUAUGAUUUUACUUGUGAAAAUGAUGAAUGGAUGCAGUUUUUGAGUGAAUUCACUAAACCUUUAGAUUCUGCUCAAAAUGAAGACACUGAAGAUGAUCCAGAGUACAAUGUUCUAUGUGAUGAUGAUUUUACCAGCAUUGAUAAAGAGGAAUUUAGAAUUGAUAAAUCAGUAAAAAUUACUCGUAAAGAGUAUAAUGAUUUAAUGAAUGAACUAUAUGAAUUUACUGAGAGUUAUAUUGACUACAAUGAUGCUUCAUCAAACAAAGCAAUCACAAAAAAUGAUUGUGAAAAAGAUUUAAAUAAAUCAAAAAACUUAGUAUUACCAGUUACCGUGUCUACACCUAAUAAUACAGAUUUGAAGUGGGAGAUGACUUGUUCAAUUCCUAACAAUUUUCAAUUUAUUGAGCCAAUUAUUUUUAAUGAAAUUACUCAACUAAAUGAAAGAAAAAUCACAAAACCAGCUAAAAAAAAUUCCUACAAUCUUUCAGUUAUUACUUUACCUAGUCCUCAAAUAAGUAAUAUACAAUCAAUCAAUACAAUUGACAAUAUGAAUCAAGUAAAAAAUAAAAAUUGUAACAUGAGUUCUGCUAAUCAUUGUAAAUUAUUUGGUAUUUUACCUAAACAAAUUAUUGUUUUGAAACAUCAACUUGCUCAGCAUGUACAGUUAAUAACCCAACAGUAUGCCCUAUGUACAUUAGAAAAAUCAUUUACAAAGCAUCUUCGUGUAUUUAGCAAAAUGAUAAAUACUUUAAAGGAUAUAACUAAAGGAAAAUGUUAUACACCAAAUAAUAUGUAUAGUUCUAUUAGAUUUAUUAAUGACUGGAGAACUAUGAUAAAAGAUGAUAAUGAAUUGAAAAACUAUAGCAGUCGAGGAAUAAUACCAUUUGAAAUGAUGCGUUUCAUGUUGUUCUAUUAUGAACCAUUAUUUAUCUUUCCUGAGCUAUUGCCUUCAAAAUUAUUCAGCAUUAAACGUAAUCAGCUGUCUAUCACUCCAUCAGAAGAAAUGUUUUUAUUAAUGAAAAUUGAUUAUAUGUAUAAACAACUGAAAGAAGAUGUUCGCUAUCGAGCUAAAUUUAGACAUAAAGAACUACAAGAUAUGUUACCACUUAUUCUCAAAACUGUACAAAAAAGAUGGUUUUCACAUAGAAGGCUUACAGAUUUGAAAAUACAUAUCACACGUUACAAAAAUACUCUUACCGAAAAUAGAAUCAAUGUUUAUUUAAAAACUGGCCAAAUUGAAAAGGUUGUUCACUAUGUCAACAUGGAAGCUCUUAAUUCUACAAAAUGUUUAUUUGAACUUGAUAUUAAAAUAUUUCCAUCCAUCUGGAAACCUACUUUAAAGCAAUUGACAAGUAUUAAAUAAAAAUCACUAUUUACCAUUGUUUUUAAAAUAUUUUUAGAUUCAUGUCAAAAUAAUUAGGCUUUGUUUUACAUUUUUACUUAUAUAAAUUUAAUUUAAAGGAAACUGUAAAUAAUUUGUGUUUUAUAAAGAAAUGUUUUCUUGAUAUAUACUAUUUAUGCAUAUACAAAUAUAUUUAAUUA